AUGGAGCAAAAGCGACGAAUCUUGCUCGCCGAUUACCCGUUGUUACCGUUGGAUGAAGAAGUCGUAGAAAAGCUACACGGUGAUGCGCUCGAUUGGGCCCAUGCAAACGGACUUGUGAUGCGCACGCGGGAGGCACGCGAUCGAAGUGAUGUGUGCAUGACGGCUCCAUUCGCUCUUCUACCCUCACCAUUUCCCCGUGAACUCUUUCAGCAUGCUGUUAAGGUACAAAAUGAUAUCGCCCGUCUCUACCUUCAAUUGGCGCACGAGAGGGAUUUCCUGAUGAAAUGUCACGCGCAAGUCAUCAAAACCGACGAUUUCACGAGAAAAAUGGUGGAAAUCUAUGAGAAAGUAAUGGAUGAGGGUCUUGUUCAACCGUUCACGCUUGCCAUUCAGCGCUCCGAUUACAUGGCACACAAGGAUUCGUUCGGCUCGGAGCUCUCAUUGAAACAGAUUGAGGUUAACAACAUCGCGUCGAGCAUGGGCGGACACGCGGAACGAGUCACCCGUUUGCAUAGAAGACACCUUGCCGAGCUUGGAUAUCAACUAGAUGAGAUCUCGUCGGCUUGCCCGGAUAAUGAACCGAUUUCGAUGAUUGGCGAGGCGUUACACAAAGCGUGGACGAUCUACGGAAAGAAAGACGCAUGCAUUUUGGUGGUCGUCGAGAAUGUAAAUCAAAAUCAAAUCGAUCAACGCCUCGUCGAGUACGAUUUGGAGAAACGGGGAAUCGGAUCAAGGCUCGUUCAUCGGCAAACGCUCACACAAUGUUAUGAAAGUUUAACGCUGGACUCCGAGAAGCGACUCCUCUAUAAGAAUAACACCGAGGUAGCGGUCAUCUAUUUCCGAUCCGGUUACUCGCCUGAACAUUAUCCGACCGAUCGUGAAUGGGACGCGCGUUUGAUGAUGGAACGAUCACAAGCCAUUCGAACGCCAUGGAUCGGAUUGCAGCUGGCAAAUACGAAGAAAGUGCAACAGGUUCUUGCCGAGGAUGGAGUGGUCGAGCGUUUCAGUGCGUCGCCCCGAAUCGCCGCCUCACUUCGGUCAACUUUCGCCGGUCUUUGGCCCCUCAACAGCAACGAUCCGUCGAUCAAGAAGAUUGUAACGCUUGCUGAGAAGAAUCCGCAUUGUUUUGUGUUGAAGCCACAAUUGGAGGGUGGCGCUGGGAAUUAUUACGGAGAUGAAAUUGCAGAAAAAUUGAGGUCUUUGUCGAUUGAGGAGAAAGAUGCGCACAUUUUGAUGGAACGUUUGAGUCCGGAUGUGGUUAAGAAUUAUCUCAUCCGCGCUAAUCAACCGGUACUUUUGGCCGAUGUGGUGGGAGAGCUCGGGAUUUAUGGAUAUGCAUACGGUGUACACGGCGAUCGAGAGAUCAUUGCUCGAACUGGCGGCCAUAUUUUGAGGAGUAAGGGGAAAGAUGUGAAUGAGGGUGGCGUUGCGGUUGGGGCGGCUGUGAUCGACUCUCCGUUUCUCUACGAUCUCAUCUCGAACGUUGAUCGACCUCAA